AUGUCAAAACGCAAAAAUCAAGCCAACCACGAAGAUUCCGACAGUGACUCAGAAGACACUCCGACGUUCAUCGAUGUCGAUUUCGACUUUUUUAGCUUCAAUGCAACGAACGACUACCAUGCCAUCAAGCGUCUUCUCGAUCAGCUCUUUGGUGUGGACGCUGAGGGUCUCAGCACGCACGCUCUUGCGGACUUGGUGCUUUCGCAGCCUGAUAUAGGAACCACGAUCAAGACUGAUGGAGAGGAGAGCAGCCCAUACGCGUUCUUGAGCGUUUUAAAUAUCGGCGUGCACAACGACAACGUGUCUAUAAAGUCGCUCGUAGAGUACAUUCUGGCAAAAUCGAAGGGAGACGAUGCAUUCCACCAAUCACUAUCGACGAUACUGCGUGAUCCGCAGUGUCAAGUAGGACUCGUUCUAUGCGAAAGGCUGAUCAACAUGCCUGUGCCGGUGAUUCCUCCCAUGUACCGUAUGCUCGUGGAUGAGCUCAAGGAUGCAGUUGAAGAGAACGAACCUUUCAAUUUCACCCACCUGAUUUUCAUAUCGCGUGUAUACAAGCUUACUCCAGAAGAGGAGGAAGCGAUGACGAUCGCCCAACAACAAUCAGGGAAAGCGUCAAAAAGACAGAAAUCUCAAAACUCGAAUAGCGAAACGAACGACAGGAGCCCGGAUGGUGUGUAUCCGUUCCACCCAGAGGACGAGGAAAUUCGAAAGUUUGCCUCUCAUCAUGUGAUUUUUCCGUAUUCGAAUGCCCAGCCACGCAAUGCGGAGUCUUUUGGAUUGGACACGGCUGGACGGUUGAUGCUUGUCCCAGCAGCGCAGCUCACAGAGCUGGCAAGAGUACUCGGGGAUGUAUUUCAGCCACCUGGAAAUGUGUAA